GAGCUAGAGACCAUUAGGGAGAGAGACAAAUUUAUUUCUGUCUGCCUGCAUAUCGUAAACCAGUAAACAGGUGGAGAUAGUUCUGGACUGUGCUGCAAGCUAGAAUUAUGGCUGUGGAUUUUAAUCUGAGCUUUCUGAAGGAACUGGAACGAGAGAAGGUGCUGGAGGUCCUGUAUAGAGACCAAUCGCUUCAAAAAGCAGAGGAAGAAAGGAUACGAAAAUUGAAAACACACUUGCAGCAACUACGAUGGAAAGGUGCAAGGAGUUCAAACAGAGAAUACCAAGAAAGAUCAUGUGCCCGUUGCCAGAAAGCCCUUGGACGACUCCUGAACAGAGGUGCUGUAUGUGAUGGCUGCAGUCAUCGUGUGUGCCCCGAAUGCCAAGUCUUCCUACGAAGUCUCAUAUGGAAGUGUACUGUCUGUUAUAUGCACGGGGACGUUAAAAUAAAAACUGGGGAGUGGUUUUUUGAAGAAAGAGAAAAGAAGUUUCCAUCUGCAGGUAAACAUGAAACAGUUGGUGCCAAACUGUUAAAGUCAUACCAAAAAAUGAGUAAGAUUUCUGUUGUCCCUCCAACACCACCUCCUUUCAGUGAAGCUAAUCAAGGAAUCUCCUCCAUGGAACUCAGCAAAUGCAAGGGAUUUAAUAAAUCAGUAGAGAACUUGCUCCUCUCUCUUACAACCCAAGUGAAAAAAAUUUCCAGAUCUCAAAAUGAUGUGACUGAUAGAGUUCACCUAACUACAGACUACGGCCAAAACCAAGAGAAAAAAAAAGAAAGACGGAGCCAUUCUGAUACUGCCAUCAAUAUAGCAACCCAGCUUGAAAAAUCACACAGUCUACAUCAGCUUAUCACCAAAGCCAAGGAAGAUGAACUUUCAGAAAAGCUUAUGAAGCAGAAGACAGGCGACAGCAGUCCAAUGAAACAAACAACAUAUUUUGGGAAUGCAAAGCGAGCCAGUAUGAGCAGCAUCACCAGCACAUGCACUGAAGCUGGAAGUUUUGACAAUGCCAAUGUCACGGGAGAAAUAGAGUUUGCCAUUAUAUACAAUAUCAAGACCAGCACACUGGAAAUAUCCAUCAAAGCGUGCAAGAACCUGGCAUAUGGGGAAGAAAAGAAAAAAAAGUGUAACCCCUAUGUGAAAAUUUACUUGCUUCCUGAUAAAUCUACUCACGGUAAAAUAAAGACCAGCAUUAAAAGGAAUACAGUCGACCCAUUAUUUCAUGAAACACUAAAGUUCACCCUUGAGCGCUCACAACUAGAGACACGAACACUUCAAGUAUCUGUGUGGCACUCAAAUACUCUAAAGAGGAAAGUAUUCCUAGGAGAAGUGACCAUUCCUCUUGAGAAAUGGGACUUUGAUGACAAUUCUACACAGUCAUUUAACUGGUAUCAACUAAGAUCAAAGCCGAAAAAGCAUGAUGAAGGUUUCAUACAGUAUCAUGGGGAGCUCAGUGUGAGAAUCAGACUGGAAGUUCCACCGCUUCCUAACCGAUUCCAGUUCGGAGAAUGGAAGUCACAUGAUCCAGAUCUAAAAAAAAAAGAUGUUGUCCAACUCCACCUUAUUGUAAAUUGUGCCAGGAAUUUAUCACUAAGGCCAGAUGGAAUUUUAAACUCAUAUGUCAAAAGUUGUCUUGUUAUACCAAACAAAGGGGAGAAAAAGCAAAGUACACCAGUUCUCAAGAAACAAGUUUGCCCUGAAUGGAAGCAUUCAAUAAUUUUUAACAUUCAGAAUCCAAGCGAUCUUCAGAAUGCUCAACUUGAUCUUACAGUCUGGGACCAGGCUUUUGGUGGUAUGAAUGACCGUUUCCUUGGUGGUGUCAGCCUGAAAUCAGGAGGGGAUAUCGAUACCUCUGAAGCUCACCAAUCAGCCCACUGCUUAUGGCAGCAGCUGCUUAACAGGCCCAAUGAAUGGAUGGAGGAGACUCUUGUUUUGCAACCCAACGUGUCAGCCUUUCAUUUCUAAUUUUCCUCAUAUGCAACAGCAAGCCAUUACAGGAGCUCUGUUCUCUGAUAAAUAAUCUGUUUAGACAUCUACUCAUAUCUCAUUACGCUCAGUAAGACUACAGAGACUUUGACUAAGUGAAAAAAGACUGAGAUAAACCAGGAGAGUACUGGUUGCUACAGUAUUACAGUGGACAGUGAUCCAGUGAGCCGUACACUCUGUCUGACAUUAGGCCUGGCAGUGCCUGACUUUUCUCAUUGGCUGAGAAACAACUUAGAAGCUUUCAGCUCUCUAGUGGAGGUAGUGGAGGCAGGGAGUGGCAUUUUGAUGACCCCAUGUAAAAAGUCUGACUUUUCUUAAACAGUUUACCUUCUUACAAUGAUUGGGUAGCCAGGGCAGACCUUCACCAUAACCACCACACUCUGCUUACAGUGGUUAUGGUGCUUGAAGUGUUCAUUUAAGAUAUAUGAAAUCAUGGUGAUAUUCAUAUGGAGCAGAAUAAAGCAACUUGAUUUUGUGCUUCCUGAAGUGUAUUAAAUGGGCACAUUUACAAUGUAUUCAUAUGUUACCAACUCAGGUGGCAGUUCCUUUAAGAUACAAUGUCCAAAUUUGUUUCUGCUAGUGCCAUUUACAGAGUAUGUAAAAGCAGCCCUGUCAAUUUUUUUAUUUUUAUUUUCCUUAUGCCCUUUAUAUCUUCAUGAUCAUAUAGUCCCCAUUGCCUCUAUUUAUAUUUAUUUCAUUUCUUCCUUGUGCCGGAUCUCAACAUCUGGUUGCAGCCAUUUUGUUCUCGUCUCCCCAUGAUGUUAUUGUUUGUCCCUCUGAGAGAUUGAAUUUACUGAUGGAUUGUGGGUAAAAUAUUUUGGCAGCAGAAACAGAACAAUACUUAAAGGGACAGUCCACUGC